AUUAUCUGUCAAAUAUUAUUGUUUUUGUGCGGUGCUCUGAUUAUUGUACGGAGUUUUGCGUCUUCAUUGCAAUUUAAUUAUUCGAUUUUUCCAUUCCUAUCGACACCAUGUAUCAAAAAGUCAUCUUUUUCGGAAAAGAAAUCACUAUUUGGUAGAGAAAAAAAACCUUGUCGAAAUUCCGAACAUUCAUGAAUAACAACAACCAAUUGUAAUCACAUCUUAUCGUGUAGCAUAAUCAAUCGAAUUUGAUCCCUUUGCGAAAUGCUACACCAGACAGUGCAUACAAGAAAAGUUAACUUGACAAAACCAAAUUUUUUAUGAAUUGGUAACCAUUUGAGCGUUUAGAAGUGUCAUCGCUGUGGUCUUGGUUGUUUAAUUGCAUUUUUACACAGUGAUUAUUAAAACUUAACAGAUUCCUGUAGCCUCGCUAGCUUAUUUAAAUAAAAGGCUUACCAAAGUAAAGCACCGAAAAUGAUCAAGAAGAAGCAUUUUCGGGUCAAACAUCAGAAAGUCAAGCUGUUCCGCGCUAAUGAGCCGAUUUUAAGCGUUUUCAUGUGGGGCAUCAAUCAUACGAUAAACGAGCUCAGCCACGUCAAUAUUCCAGUUAUGUUAUUACCAGAUGAUUUCCGGGCUUAUUCAAAGAUUAAAGUGGACAAUCAUCUAUUCAACAAAGAAAACAUGCCAUCACAUUUCAAAGUCAAGGAAUAUUGCCCGCUGGUGUUUCGAAAUUUACGGGAGCGAUUUGGUGUGGACGACGUUGACUACAGGGAAUCGUUAACACGAUCGCAACCAGUGCAAAUUGAUUCGUCGGGCAAGAGUGGUGCACAAUUUUAUCGAAGUUAUGACAAAUUUUUUAUAUUGAAAAGCUUAACAUCCGAAGAAAUCGAGAGGAUGCACGCGUUUUUAAAGCAUUACCAUCCGUAUGUUGUUGAACGACAUGGUAACACAUUAUUACCGCAAUAUUUGGGAAUGUACAGGCUGACUGUCGAUGGUGUUCAAUACUACUUUGUCGCAAUGAGAAACGUAUUCAGUUCACACUUAAAUAUUCAUAGGAAAUUCGAUUUAAAAGGCAGCACGGUCGAUCGUGAGGCAUCCGACAAAGAGUUGGAAAAGAGCCUUCCAACGCUGAAGGACAAUGAUUUCAUUAAGCAAAAAAUUCGUAUUUUUAUCGGUGAUAUCGCAAAGACGAAAUUCAUGGAAAUGAUGAAUGCUGACGUCAAUUUCCUAGCCAAAUUGCAUCUUAUGGACUAUUCACUACUAGUCGGAAUACAUGAUAAGGUUCGAGCUGAAGAAGAAGCAAUACAACAGGAAAUGGCGGCAAGAGAUGGUGCUGGUAGAGAGACGAGCGAAAGUGAAGAAUGUGAUAGUGGAGAACGAUGGACAUACAACACACCUCCGGAUUCACCGAGAUGUCCGGGUCAACACAAUGACAUCAGCCAGGAACUUGACAUAUAUGCUCUGCAGAGCCUAGAAGAACGGCGUGAAAUAUAUUUCAUUGCCAUAAUUGACGUCCUUACACAAUAUGGGGUUAAAAAACAGGCUGCUAAAGCAGCCAAAACCGUCAAAUAUGGAAGUAAUGUUGACGGUAUAUCAACUUGUGAUCCAGAACAAUAUGCCAAGCGAUUUAUUGAGUUUAUUGAUAAGGCAAUUGAAUAAAAUUGUGUCUCGCCGUGUCUGACAUCAAGGUUUAUUUAUU